AUGAGUGAAAACCAAAACAUUGGAUCUUCAUCAUCAUCGGGCCAACCACAAUACGUUGUAAAUGUGAUGGACAUUGAUAUUGAUGAAGAGCAGGAAAAGGAAGCAAGAGAAUAUGAGCUGCAACGACAAAAUACUGCACAACGGCUUGCGGAAUUAAAAAAGAAUGCUUCUUCUUCGGAGAGGAUAUCCUCCAUGAUGAAUAGCGGAACUUUAAAUUCAUCAUCAUUAUCCUCAAUGAAUGCAUCGAAUCGGAUGAAUACAAGUUCAAACAAUAAUAACGGUGGAAAAUAUAUUUCAACAAUCGUAAAAUAUAAUUCAUUCGCAAAUGUACAAAAAUCCAAUGGAUCAUCCUCGCCACACACAACCACGAUUCCGAAUGUAUCACUUUCGAAACUUCCUUUACCUGUGAGCAGACCGCCUGGACAUGUACCACAGAAAUUUAUUCCACCUCCUCGAAAGGAUUCACAAACAAAUUCUCAAAAAAGUUCAACUGAUUCUGCAAAUACCAGCAGCUGUAGCAACAGCCAACAAACAAUGAAUUUUGCCUUAAAACCACAAACACCAACAGCAAAACCUGUGAAUGGAGGCACAGUUGAAUCUUCCACAACACCAGUGAAAAGCAACACUUAUGUUCCUCCAUUUUCUUCGUCGUCCCCGUCAUCAGUGACAUCCUCGAGCCCAUCAGCAAGUAUCAAUAGUAGCACUACUAGUGAAUUUAACAUUCCGUUUCCAAUAACAGCAACCUCAAUAACAGCCAAUGCUGUUCAAAAGAAAAAUCCAAUUACAAAACACAUCCGAGAAGGGGCUUUUAAGGUAAAUUAUGUUCCAGAGUGGAAAUUAACAGAUUUUAUUCUUGGAAAACAUACAACUGCAUUAUACGUUAGCUUGAAAUAUCAUAUGACUAAUCCAAGAUUUAUUUUGGAAAGAAUUCGAAAUUUUCACAAAACUGAAGUAUGCAAGAACAAACUUUUUACAGUUAAAGUUGUGCUUGUGAACGUGGAUGUCUCCAUUGAAGCAUCUCAUGGAAAUUCAUCAUAUUUUAAUAGUGAUAACGAUGAAAUGAAACCAAAGGGCACUCCCACCUUUGUCUCAGAGUCUGCUCUCGACGAGGCCCUAAUAGAAAUAACAAGAAUUUGCAUGUGGGGAGACUGGACCAUGUUAUGCGCAUUUUCAGAUGAAGAAUGUGCCCUUUAUUUGGAGUCUCUAAGGUAUUGUGAAAAUAAGAGCGCAUCCACCAUUCAAGGUCCGAUUCAAGCAGUUCCCAGUCUUGCCACCUCAAUGUCAACACCAAAUGCGGCGACAAAAAAGAAAUCAGGUAAAAAAAAGUGGAGCAAAGAAAGAUAUGUUGGCUCUUCCAGUAGUAGCUCUAACAAUCCAGGAAAAUCAACAGAAGUUGAAAAGAUUUCUCAUACAGAAGAAGUUCAUCAACUUUUUGCCCUCUCGUUCAAAAGGACACUUAAUAAGAGAGAUCACGUCACCUUAUUGAAUCAUUUUGGUUCUGUUAAGGAAGUUAUUCAAACAAGUGCAGAUGAGUUAACUGACUUACCUGGUUUUGGAAAAAAGAAAGUGAAGCGUCUAAUUAAUCUCUUCCAAACACCUUUCAUUCCAGGGAAGGAAACAAAAAGCAAUACAUCCAACGAGAAGAAAGAGACUAAAAAGAAAAUUCAAUUGGUCCGUAAAUCAAGAACUUCAACAGCAUCAAACAGCAGCAGCAGUAAUAACCAGGAAAGUGACGAUGACGACAUUCUUGUGGUGAAUAAUGAGACUGGUGAAGAAGAAAAGAUUCGAAAAACGACCAAGAAACAGACCAACUUGAGCAUUUUCUUCAGUCAACCACAAACCAAAUCAGAGACACAAGAUUCUGACGAGGAGGAGUGA